AUGGUGAGGGUGCGAUCUUCUUACUGGGAUCUGUCAAACUGUGAGAAGCUGAUCCCUGAAUAUCUGAAUUUCAUUAGAGGUGUGGUGGACUCCGAGGAUCUCCCUCUCAAUAUUUCCUGUGAGAUGUUGCAGCAAAGCAAGAUUUUGAAAGUUAUCAGGAAGAAUUUGGUCAAAAAGUGCUUGGAACUCUUCACUGAACUGGUGGAAGAUAAAGAGAACUACAAGAAGUUUUAUGAGCAGUUCUCUAAAAACAUUAAGCUUGGAAUACAUGAGGACUCCCAGAACCGGAAAAAGCUUUCUGAGCUGUUGCGAUACUACAUGUCAGCCUCGGGUGAUGAGAUGGUUUCCCUCAAGGACUAUUGCACCAGAAUGAAGGAGAACCAAAAACACAUCUACUACAUCACUGGUGAAACCAAGGACCAGGUUGCUAACUCGGCCUUUGUGGAGCAUCUUCGGAAGCACGGAUUGGAAGUGAUCUACAUGAUUGAGCCCAUUGAUGAGUAUUGUGUCCAACAGCUGAAGGGAUUUGAGGGGAAGACUUUAGUGUCAGUCACCAAAGAGGGCUUGGAACUUCCAGAGGAUGAAGAAGAGAAAAAGAAACAGGAAGAGAAGAAAACAAAGUUUGAAAACCUCUGCAAAAUCAUGAAAGACAUUUUGGAGAAAAAAGUUGAAAAGGUGGUGGUGUCAAACCGAUUGGUCACCUCCCCGUGCUGCAUAGUCACAAGCACGUAUGGCUGGACCGCCAACAUGGAAAGAAUCAUGAAGGCUCAAGCCCUAAGAGACAACUCCACGAUGGGUUACAUGGCAGCGAAGAAGCACCUGGAGGUCAACCCUGACCACUCCAUCGUUGAGACCCUGUGGCAGAAGGCCGAGGCCGACAAGAAAAACAAAUCUGUGAAGGAUUUGGUCAUCCUACUGUAUGAGACCGCCCUCCUGUCUUCGGGCUUCAGUCUGGAAGAUCCCCAGACACAUGCAAACAGGAUCAACUGGAUGAUCAAGCUGGGUCUGGGUACUGAUGAAGAUGACCGUACUGCUGAUGAGACUAGCGCUGCUGUCACUGAAGAAAUGCCACCCCUUGAAGGAGAUGAUGACAUGUCACGCAUGGAAGAAGUCGACUAA